CCGUUUUCUCGAUCAUACGAACAAAGAAUAAAAAGGAAAAGGAUCUCGUCGAAGGGCAAUCGAUGUUAAUGGUGGAUGUUUGCGGUACAUUGUCUUUCCGGAUCAAUUUUUAAGUAAAAAUUUAUAAACAUGACGAACACGAAUAUUAUGUCAGAUUCUCAGGAAUCAGCAUUGAUAGAUGAGGAAUGUUAUAAAGAUAUAGAGCAGCAAUUUGGAGGUACGUUACCUUUACCGGAAAGUGUAAACGGAGAACUGCUUCCUAUCCCAGAAAAGAUUGGUACAUAUAAUAGUACAUAUGGACUACAGCCUAUAGAAAAAUUUAAAAAAUUAAAAGAGGAAGAAGAAGAAAAUAUGUAUCCAGCAUCUGUCCAGGAACAUAUGUUUUCUACAAUGCUCACUGACGACAUUUACAAUCAUUUGAAUUUCCAGUGCAGUUUAGGAACUGGUGGUGCUGGUCAGGAUUGGUUGUACUCUGAACAAUUGGGAAAAGUCUAUAUCAAAAUGGAAAAAGUUUUACCCAUGCGAUUCACGUGGGAACCACUUGUGUCAGGUUUGUACUUGCGUACUACAAUGGUCUUCAUGUUGGAACAACAUAGAAACGAACCAGUAAAAAGAUGCCAUAAUCAUAUGGCACCAAGUAAUUCCAUUAAUCAAAACAUGGAUCCACAAAGGAUUAAACAUGUGGUUCAUUGUGUUAAUCAUGCUUCAAGCAUUUACGAGGAAAGAAAUGAAAAUUUUUCUGUCUUAACACCACUUUGCACACCUGAGGCUGGGUCGCAAUAUAUGCCGAUAUCUUUCAAGUUUCUUUGCAAAAAUAGUUGCGUAUCUGGUUUGAAUCGUAGACCGACAGAAUUAGUGUUUACUUUAGAAAAUCAAAUUGGAGUAGUUUUGGGCCGUCAAAAAUUAUUAAUUAGAGUAUGUAGUUGUCCCAAACGAGAUAAAUUAAAAGAGGAAGAAACAGACUUGCCUUCCAAACGAAAGCUUAGUAAUGUUGCUUUACCAUCUAAUAAAAAGAUGCUAUCAUCAAAUGACAAACAUAUUUAUAACAUUAAUUUAAAUGUUGUUGGCAAAGAAAAUUAUUUGUCAGUUCUUAAGCAUGCAUUUGAUACUAUGGCUGGUCAAGCAAUAAAAACUGGUCAAUAUGAAUUCUAUAAACCAUAUAUGGAUGAGAUAUUGCGUAAAAUGCCAUAAAAAGAUGACCUUUAAGUCAAGAUGACCUUAAGUUUCAUUUUUUUUUUAUGAUUUUUAUAUUUCAUAGAAAAGCAUGUUUUAUUAUUAUAAAU